UCCUCCCUCGCAUGGUGAAGAAGGGACGCCAGCACGGCCCUUCCAGGAAGAGGACCGGGGGAAGAAGCAGAAGAGAGCCGCGGAUGCCCUCGGAGCGCUCCCCUCCUUCUUUCCUCCCUCCCCGGGGUCUGGGUGGGAGUUACUCCGGAUGGAGGCGCCCGUGUGAACAGGUUGGCUUGGAAGGAGGUAGAAGUGGAAAUGUCCAGGGGAGGAGCUGCGCAUGGAAUCUCCAACACUCAGGACCGGGGAUGGGCCUGGAUGGUCUUGUUGGCCACUGUGCUGCUUCAGGGGCUAACGCUGAGCUUCUCCUCUUGCGCUGGGGUCUUCUUCACAGACCUGCAGCGUGAGUUCCAAGCCACCAACAGUGAGACGUCAUGGUUCCCAUCCAUCAUGACAGCAGUGCUGCACGCAGGUGGGCCCCUCUGCAGCAUCUUGGUGGAGCGAUUUGGCUGCAGGUUCACUGUGAUGCUCGGUGGCCUACUCAGUGGAGUGGGCAUGGUUGCCAGCUCCUUUUCCAAGUCCAUCAGCCAGCUCUACAUAACAGCCGGCUUCAUUACAGGUCUAGGAUCCUGUUUUGGCUUCCAGGCAGGAGUGACUGUGCUGGGCUACUACUUUGUACGCCGACGGGCUUUGGCCAAUGCCCUAGCAUCCACCGGUGCCUCCAUUGGCCUCACGCUGUGGCCAUUGAUCUCUCAGUACCUGUUGGAUGAGAUGGGCUGGAGAAACUCUUUCCUUAUCUUUGGCGGGGUGCUGUUGAACGCUUGUGUCUGUGGGGCCGUGAUGAGGCCAGUCCAGCUUGGGCCUCCCAGGUCACUGCUGCAGCCCAGCCCUGGACAGGAGCCAGGCAACUUAGCUGAAAAUGCACAGAUGUCCAACGGAGCCACCCCUCAUCAGGUGGAGCCCCCGCAGCAGGCCAGGUUUGCUGCUUGCAAGCGGACGCUGCAGAAGUACCUGGCUUUUGAUAUCUUCUGCAAAAACAAAGGUUACCAGAUUUACACCAUUGGCGUGGCCUGGAUGGUGAUGGGCUUUGUGCUGCCCCUCAUCUACCUGGUGCCUUAUGCCGUCUGGAACGGGGUGGAGGAGCGCAAGGCCGCUCUCCUGAUCUCCGUCAUCGGCUUCAUUAACAUCUUCAUGCGCCCCAUGGCUGGGCUGCUCUCAGGACUCAAUAUCUUCACCGGGAAGCGGAUUUACCUCUUUAGCCUGGCCGUACUGCUCAACGGGCUCAGCAAUCUCAUCUGCGUCAUCUCAGCCGACUUCAGCGUGCUCAUCCUCUACUGCCUCAUCUACAGCAUAUCCAUGAGUGGCAUUGGGGCGCUGAUCUUCCAGGUGCUGAUGGAUGUGGUGGAGAUGGACAGGUUCUCAAGUGCCUUAGGCCUCUUCACCAUCCUGGAGAGCGUCACCAUCCUCCUCGGACCCCCACUCGCAGGUCUUCUGGUGGAUAUAACUGGCCACUUCAGUUACGUCUUCUACGCCUCCAGCUUCAUCAUGGUGUCAGCUGCGCUCUUCAUGGGUCUCAGCUUCUGUGCUUUAGACAGAAAGAACAAACUGAAAGAGGCUCUGAAGCCAACCUCCAAUAGCCCCUCCAGAUACCAAUACACUGAAGUGCCAACUAACCUAGAGCUUGAAAAACAAGCCCCUCCUGCCGUCAUGUACAUCACAAGCAUCUGAACGAAGAGGAACUCUUAGAAUUCUGUGGCCCACACAACCGCAACAUGUAGCGUAACUGGAGGCAGAUGGGGGGAAAUGCCUGCUUUCCACAAUAACCCAUCUGCCUCCUGCAGUGAGCAUCUACUCAGCAGCGCUGCCUCAGAUUCCAGAUGGGAAAUCCAGAUCAGAGGCAGAGCCCAAAGCCUUGCAACAGCCAGAAAGCCAAAGAACAAGGAGCACUUUUUAUACCUGGUGCAAGCCCAUAAGGCAAGGAUAGUAGUUCAGUGACUUAACGUGUGUGACUUUAAGCUAAUAGAAUUAAAUUGACAGUGACUUUUUUUUUUAAUAUAAAAAGGCUGUACAUUUUUUAUAUAUUUCCAUUUUAAAGACUGGAAAGAUUUAUUAGGUUAUGCACUACAAUGAUUCCUGACACAGCGACAGUCAGUCAGUCCUGGAAGAGUUAAAAUACCACUGAAUCGUCUUGUCUGGACAUGCCAACCUAGCAAAGACUAACUUUGCAGUGAAGUCAUCUGGUUGCCUCCCAUGCGGGGCAGGGAAAACCCCUUUCCUGGGGGAUGUGUUGCUGCUUUCUUCCGUCUCCGGAUAUUGCAUGGAAUAUUACACAGGUUGUAGAACCCAGGCUAGUGCCUGCUAUCAGUUGUGUGUAGGCCAAAUGAAUUUUUUACAUGCUAGUAACCAAAUCAUUCCUGCAUUUCAAGGGCAUUUUCAGGAAAAUAAAGGUUCAAAUCCAAAGCCCCAAUCAAACUGGACAGACUCAAAGUGCCUACAUUUUAUAGCCUGUGCCAUGAUGUCUUAAGCUCUCUCCUCUCCACCUUUACCAAGGUGUGCUGCAAGAAAGAAUCUGACAGUUCACGGCCAGUGUAAAUGCACUAAAACAGAGAGAAUGAGUGGCAAAUACAGGGAUGGACAUUUUUUCGUUUCAGCACUAGUCCAGGACCAGUACUUUGAAAAAUGUACCGGGCCUGAAAGCAAUUGCACUAGUCCAGAUAUUGGGCUAAGUUCAGAGUCAGGGUAAGCUAGACUCUGUUACACUCAGAGGGCCAGAUCCUCAUCUUAUGUAAAUGGGGGUAGCUCCUCAUUCAGUCUCUUAGACUUAAUGACACCCAUUUUCCAGUAUAAAAGGGAGUCUACGCUGGUGUCAUUUACAUGCCAGAGUCAGAAGAAAUUGGGGCGGGGUGUGUGUGUGGGAAAUUUAGUUUUACUUAUACACUACUGUUAGUGGUCUUUCUUGCUACAUUCCUGUUUUGUGGCCUUAGCAUGUGAGUUAUACCAGCUUGAACUCCCUUUGGUCCCUUAGUGAACCAAAUUCAGAGAUGAGGGGUAAGCUAAAUGUGGGUGUAAGUUACAUGUUGGUAAAUGGGUUGUCCCCAUAUAAAUGGAAAAGAGUCUAAAGGACAUCUAAGAUGGUGUAACACGGAAGAAGCUAUAAUUGUGUCAGCUUAGACUCUUCUCUGAAUGUGGCCCAAAAUACCAGCUAUCAUAAUGCACAUAAAAUACAUUUUUGCUUUUAUUCUGCUUCAGUUCUGAAAUGACUAACAGCAGAUCUCUCACAGAACAUUGGAGGUGGAGAUUACUGUUUUAAACCCUUUGAAAGAUGGAAGUUUAAGAUACUUUCAGAAAGUAGAAGCGUUGGCUUCUAGCUUUAGUGGUUGCCAAGAUAAUAGAUACUGAAGUCACGUUACAAUUCUAAUGAAAAAAACAGCUGCUAGUUAGAAUGAUAUGAUUAUGAGGUCCCAACCUGACAAGCCUAGAAACAAAUGCAUUAAACCACUAGAAAGCUGAGCCUCCAGACUAUAAAUGCAUUCAUAUCUAACCAUUAUGGUUUGUGAGGAUCCCACCAUCUAGCAGUGCCUCUUUUGACAACGGUCCAACACACUUUGCCUUCCUUUGUCAAAUAUAUCCUUAAAUAAGAUUACAGUUGGGAGAUGUUUAUAUGCAGCUAUGUGCUUUUAAAGAAACGUCUUAUCUCUAGUCAUAUGUAUUUAGUAACUUGUGUAAAGCCUAUGUGGCCAGCAACCACAAAGCAAACAGCUGGGACUGUUGUCACUCAGUUUGGUUAUACACAAGCACUCUUUGAUCCUUAAGGAAAUGUACAGUUUUUCUCUUCCAUCAGAACAAACCAAUAAGAAGGGUGAGAGUCUCAGACCUGUUCUAACUUUUGUGAAUAAAGGAGCUAGGCAGCA